AUGUCGUCUUUGACAAACGAAACCCUCCCUGGUAUCAAUCAAACUCCCCAGACAACUCCUAUCACGCCAUUUGGUACCUCUCCUGCAUCAAAAUAUCUAGGCCCGGAUUUCCUAAACGCCCUCCCUGUCGAGCUAUUGCUAUCAAUAGCAGAUUUCCUUCUACCUGAGGAUAUCUACUGCCUCUCUUUUUGCAACCGUCGACUUCUCGCAAUAUCCUGGAGUCGAACAAAGCACCAAUACCACGAGGAAAGAAAAGUCAAGUUGGCUUUCUUGCGUCGGCUUGAACGUGAUAACCCGCAAUACUUGACUUGCAGUACCUGCGAAAUCCUUCAUGCUGUGGAUGGUACAUCAGAGCCCUUUGAGAUAUCAUCUGCAGAACAUACCUACCCGCCUCGCGUCGACUGCCCUGUAGGUACGCCUGGAGGCAAUACCUUCAAUCCUGCCUGGAUGGAUCUACAGAACCAUCUCGGUCCAUCCUCUCGUUAUAGGCUCCACUUUUCUCAUCUGGUGCUUGCUAUGAGACAAUUCUACUACGGACCUCAGUACGGAAUUAGUACAGAUGCACUGUCCUUCACCGAAGUGACAAACGAAUUUGUGGAUGGAUCCAAAGUCUUGGCCCCAACUGCGCUAUUUUCAAUUGAGGCACAGAUAUGCCCUACACCACCGGGUCUACACUUGCGAAUCCAGGAGAUCACGUCAUUGGAGAACCCACGCAAACUAUUCGCCGAAGAAGACUAUUUACAACCGGGUGACGAUUACGGCGCCAACCUGCCAAUUUGCAAACACAGAUCAGAGACAUUUUGGAUGAUGGCUAUUCCCCGGGGUAUAUACCCGGCCCUGGAGUCUUCCACCUGCGAGCAUUGCAACAUAGACUAUGAGAUUCAAACGGUUAUGGAUCCACCAAAUGAUCGUAUCGCCAUAGUCACAACAAGAUGGAUUAACCUUGGCGCCGGUCUCAGCCCAGAUGAUCUCCUAUGGAGACUCAACACGAACCCACCGUGUUCGUGGAGAGAUCCUGAACUUGAAUCGGAGCCACCAGACUUGGAAUGGGAAAUCGUCGACUGGAGUCCUCGUUGUACAUUCGAAGCCAUUGAAAAUACCUCGCUUGGAGAUUUGACUGCUCGCAAUAUGUCUUAUAUCCAAGACCAGAGAUAUGAAACUGAGAUGGUACCAAACCCCCUCAGUAACUCUCCCUCCUGGGCAUUGUGGAAUGGGGCAUGGUCUUGA